GAAGCGUAGAGGGCAGGAAUGUCUAAAUUAUCGGGUCGUAAGAAUGUGGAGGAUGAAGGCAAUAAGGUGCAAAAUAUUCAGCGUGUGUGGGACGUUGCAAAGAAGCAAUUGUUGGGCACUUUGCGUAAGGUAAAGAAGGCAAAACCGUCUAUUUUUGUGGACGAUCGCCUGUCUCUGUACCUCUGUUUUGGUGAGUACGGAGAGAACAGUGAGGUUUCUUACACGAUUUCAUCUGUUGGGUUUCGCAAACUGCUUGCUGCUCCUUCUCCAGUGAAAUUAGAGAUGGUCACUACAUUUUCGGCUGAAGGUCUGCCCCGUUACAUGGGUUGUGGCCUAUGGGGUUCUAAAAUUGUCCUGGGAGGUGGCGCUCAACAGGUUUCAGGGAGUCUCGAAUAUGACAUGGUUCCAGAGAUUUAUUCUAUUGAGACUGCCAAUGACACCAGGGUGGAGCUGCCCAAGAUGGUGAAAGGGAGCAUGCUGCCCAUGUUGGUGGAGGUGGACAGCAAACUGUAUGCUCUUGGUAAAGCUUAUAAUCCCUGUUUUCAAGUUUUUGAUGGCAAUCAUUGGUCUGAACUGCCAUUACCUCCCUACACAAAGUUUUCGGUUUAUCCAUUUACACAUAAACACCCAGCUUGCCGGGACGAUGUGUACUUUGCUGCUGCAGAGAGACAUAUAUUGCUUUGUGAAGGCGCUGGUAGUUUCUACUUUGACACGGCUGAACCAGAGCAUGGCUGGAGAGAACUUCAGACAAUUUUCUUCAAACCCUUUAUUUUUUUUGGCACGAGUUUAAUUGUGAAUGAUGGUAAGCAAUUUGUGCAUUUCACAUUCGAACUCGCAGAGGGUCACCACAUAUCAGUUCAUCUGAUAUCAUAUGAUUUUACUACCAUCAAGCAAGACCACAGUUGCGUGCAGCUGCCUCCGUACUUGUUGCAUUACAAGGAUGAUUGUCUUGGUGAUAUUCCUUUGCCUAAUUAUCAGCUGCUACACCUUGGAGGUAACAAUGUCUGCCUUUUUUUAUCUAAACUCCAACGUAGUGGAGAGGAUGGUGGGAAGAACAAGAUGACCAGGUGUGUGGAAUCUGUGGCAUUCACAUUCAAAGUAAAAGACAAUGCUGAUUCAUCCUUCAAAGUCAAAUUCCUGCCUCGUACCCCAAUGCUAGUGUAUGAUGACGACGAUAUGGACGUGCCUUUUGGGGCUGGACAAAUGCUUGGUGCCUUCAUCAUGUACUCAAUCUUACAGCUGAAGAAUGUUUUUCUGAUUGGUCAGAACUAUAGGUUAAUAGAAACACGACUUCACAUUGAUUGCAGUAGUUAAAUAAGUUAAAUGAAUGCAAUUUGCAUUUGGAAUUGUUGGUUUUGCAUCCAGCUACGACUCUGGACGAGUUAACUCAAUAGUCAUUUGUAGAUUGUCCGAUUGGAUAUCCUAUUAUAAUCAUGAACUUGUUUUAUUUAUACAGCAGUAGUAAGUCUGUAAGUGUUAAUACGGGAAUUUCUUGC